AUGUCGCAGUUCGAAUCCUUCUACCAAGAUCUCAAAUCCACAGAACAACAAGAUGCUGCUCUCACUUCGGAGCAACAAAUUGAGAGGCUGCUCAAGCCAGGAUCCACGUAUCUCAAUUUGAAUCCAUAUGAAGUUCUUCAAAUCGACCUUGACACUGACAUCGAAGCAGCGAAGAAAAAGUACAAAAAGCUUUCAUUGCUUGUUCACCCCGAUAAAAAUCCAGAUGACCGUGAAAGAGCUGAUAAGGCAUUCGAUAUCGUCAAAAAGGCUAUCAAGCAAAUGGAGGAUCCGAUUGAGUUGAAUCGGUGCAAAGAUUGCUACACUGAGGCUAAAGCCAGACUCGCUAUUGUGAUGUCAGAGAAGAAAAGAAAGCUUCGAAAAGAUGGAAAAGAAGACGUAAUCGAAGAAGAUGAUCCAGCUGGAUACAAAAAAUCUCUGUGGAUUACUGUAACGAAGGUUUUUGCAGAUAGAGAGAAGAAGAGAAAGAUGCUUGAAGACAGAGCCAACGAAGAAAAACGUCGUGCCACAGAGGCUAUGGCUCAGGCCGCAGAGAAAAGAAAGUUAGCAGAAGAAUUCGCAAAAAAUUACGAAGAAUCACGAGAUGAGCGCUCAGGUAGCUGGAGAAACUUCCAAGCGAAAAAAGCAAAGAAGGAGGAUAAAGGAAAAACAAUGAAAGGAGCAGCAUUCAAACCUCCAAAAGUUAAACCUCAAAAAUAA